GAAUGGACUCCAUGAAGCGCCUCCCCCACACGCUGAAGAGCUUGGUGAGCGGCUCGCCGAUGGCGUAGACUUCCACUUUAUUCCGCACGCCUUGCAAUCUUAUCAAGAACGACCCUGAGAUAGGCUACCAGACCACUAGACCGGCUGACUUUAACCGCAACGAUACGCGUACUGCAGAGGAGUUGUCUACAAUGUGGAAGAAGAUUAAGGAGAUCUUCCUGAACGCGCGCGAUUGCAAGAAUGGCGGCCGGGAUGAGAAUGCAUGGUGUGACGAUGUGGUGCGACCUCUUGUUCACUUGGCUAUGGAGUUAUAUGGCAAUGAUCGAUGGUGGUUCCAGAGCGUGCAUGUGCUACCUCCCUGAAUAUGAUCCAGGAGCUAAUAUGAUCGUUCCUCUAGACAAUCGCAGUCUAUCAAUCCUCGCUACCUUUCCACGAUCCCUACCCCUACCGUUACUGAUCCUGCCCGCCGCAAACCUAUCGAUCGUAAGACUGAUU